UCAGCACAAACAGACUGCUAUCACUUUAGUAAUUCUCAGUAAUGAAGUAUUUGAGACUUGAAUACGUGGUUGAUGUGAUGUACUUAGUAAUGGAUUUUUCAUUUUUCAUUUAGUUUUCAGUUAUUCUUCGAUUCUUAUUUUAUUAUUCGAGUAAAAGGUAUAACCAAAAUGAACACCACUGCCUCAGUGACCAUUGUGCUAGUAUUCAUGCUCUUUAAAAUCCAAUAUGGGUCAUUUCAAUCUCUUGGAUGUAUGCAAAAAACACACGGAGAUUUUGAACACAUGGCGAAGAGAAAAUACUUUGUUGACAAAUCGGAUCUAUUGAAAGAAAUUUUAGACGAUUCUACACUAGGAAAAACUUGGAUUAUUACUUGUCCUAAGCGAUUUGGAAAAACCACCAAUAUGAAUAUGAUGAGAAAAUUCGCUGAAAUAGAAGUGAAUGCAGAUGGUUUGCCAAUUGCAGUAGAUUUAGAAAAUGUUACCAACACACCGAAUUAUGAAUUUUUCAACCAGAAGUAUCAUUUUGGCGGAUUUAACAUUGCUGAUGACAGAGAUUUCAUGCGCAAACAUUUUGGGAGAUAUCCUGUUAUUUAUAUGGAUUUCAGAGCAACGAGUCACAUUCAAAAUCAUACAGAUGUAAUUGAAAUUUGCCGACUAAGAAUUCACCAGGCUUUCCUUCAACAUGCGUACUUGGUGAAUAGUAAAAAUCUGGACUACGCUUACAAAAAAAUCAUUGAAGCAUGGACACUACUAUCACAAGUGAGUCAACUUAGUCAAGACCUAGUUGUAACCGGUCUUAAACGAUUAAUAGAGUUUUUAUACAUCCACUUUAAACAAAAAGUUAUCGUAUUGAUUGACGAAUAUGAUGCGAUGAUGCAACGCUAUUUAUUAGGAAGAAAUAUUAUGAAUGAAGAUCUCAAGACAAUUUUCAGUCCUUUUGUAGAUAUGCUUAGUAAUGCUCUAAAAAAACAAGGUAAACUGAGAGUUGCUGUGCUCACUGGGGUGAUGUCUUUUUCGAGCGCCGGAAUGUCUGAGAAUUUUCCUGUAGAAAAACAUCGCUUCGCCAGAGACAACGAGAAAAAUGUCUGGAAAUAUUAUGGUUUCACUUCAGAAGAGCUGGAUCGUUUAUUCAGCAUAUCACCAUUUAAACUCAACUCCACCGUAAGAGAUCAAGUCCAAAAGUAUUAUGAUGCCUAUUUAGUCAAUAAUGUGCAGAUUUAUACCCCAGUUUCAAUAUUCGAGUUUUUUACAAAGGAAGAAAUCAAACCGUUUUGGAAUAUGCAAACUUGCGGUAUAAUAAGUCAAUUUUGGAAAACAUUGAGGAUAAUAGACGUACGAUUGAAAAUAUUCGAUCUUAUUGAAAACCAAAAUAUAACAAUUGAAAAUCUGGAGUAUGUAAACUUUGCACACAUUGAACUUUUAAAAGAGGUUUUGGAAACAAACAGUUUGAAAGCUGAUUUUACAGGGCAAGCCAGAAAAAUAUUUUUUAAUUUGUUACUAGACCUUGGAUACUUCAAGAUAACUUGGCAGAAUCGUACCUUUUUGAAUGUGACCAUACCAAACUUGGAAAUCCGUGAUGAUAUAAUAGGAUUAUUGAAGAAUUAUAAAAUACAGGCCAACAGCGACGAAGAGCUCAUACUCCAAUCCAAAUUCUUCCAACACUUGCAAUCCUUAACAGCCGAUAAUCACGCAUAUCAUCUUCAAGAGAUGACUGGUGCAUUAAAUAAACUUUCUAGGCUCGUCAUGCCUUUUUAUCCAAACUUCAAUUCCAAGAAGACAAAUCUGAAUGAUAUGCUAAGAUCAGCAUUUCUGUUCCAGGGCAUUCGUUAUUAUCCAGAAGUUUCUGUAAAAGGACAUUGUGGUUAUGUGGACCUGCUGGUCACAAAUUUAACCAAUGUUUACAUAAUUAUCAAGACAACAUAUAAUGGCAAGCUUUCUGAAGCAUUAAAUCAAACAAAUCAAUAUGUAUCGGUCUUAGAUGAUCCAGAUUAUAAACGAACCCAAAGCUGUGUUUUACGGAUGGGUAUUAAUAUAUCUGAUGACUAUAAAAUUACAGUGUCAGCAGUUCUUAAUGUCACUAAUGGCACAUCUUAUGGUCCACAUCAUUUCCCAGUGUAACCACAAAAAUGACUUCCGCUCCAAAAAUUCACCCAUUAAACUAGCAGGUCCCAUAUGCCCUCAAAGAAGAACAGAAGUCGCAAACUAAAUUAAUAAUUUUGGUAACUUUUAUUUUAUUUAUUUUUUUUUUCAGUGGAGGGAACGUAUGUUUCCGAAUUAUAUUUAUUUAUUUAUUUAUUUAUUCAACGCUGCUUCUGCCAAUGUUUUUUAUAAAGAAUAUGAUUUUUCAUAUAAUAGUAAAUAUAAUUUUUCAGAUGUAUAGGUAUUUUUAAACUAUACUAAGAGGGUGGCUCAUCAAUAAGUAUAAGGAAAAAGUCACCUGGAGGGGAACAAAUGAAGCUAUUAAGCUCGAGAGGGUUUCAUCUGUUUAAUACAUACAAAUGUUGGCAACACUAACUUAUGAUCAGUUGUUUCAAAAUUAUGGCUCGUCAGUUGCAUUUUAGUGAACCUGAACCUGGACCUGUGUAACCCCCACUCGCAAAAAGCACAUAUUUAGGAAACCUUUUUAUAUCUCUUCAUUUUUCCCCUUAAAAUUCUUUCCUCUGAAAUAUGUUUUUAGGGGUCUAAUAAGAUGGAAAGCACUCUAGGCUAUGUGGAGGACAGGGCUGCAAUCAUACCUACUUAUAUCCGCAUUUACGAUAUGUUAUAUUGAAUUAUAUUUUCACCGUUUCUUAUGGCAUUUUUCUCAGUCAAACCAAUUAAUUCAGAAUUCGGAAAAAUGACGCCAUCGCCGAAUUUGAACUUUCUACCUCAAUUUGGCCAAAUUUUGAUCAUCUACUCGUGGAAAAUGAGACUAAUUUUCAUUUUCAAAUUUGAAAAAAAAAACAUGUUUCCAACUGUCUUGUUUUUUCUCAUCUGCUAGUUUCAGUUUUCCUGGUAUCGUCAUUUUUCAAGCAGUUAAUUCGGGAAAAAAAGCCACGAACUGUUAAGACGUUAAUAUCGCCACGGUUUCGUUUGAAUAACUCGAAACAAAAAAACAAAAAAAAACUUAGGGUUGCUUCGACGAAUAAAAAGUAAAAAAAAGAGUUGAUAAUAUGUUAAAAACACUAGAUCGCCCUGCAACCAAAUUCUGGCUCGAAAAAGAGCAUCCCUUUUCUUAAACUUGGCGAAUGACUGCGGAAAAAAGAGGAAAUUAGAAUCGGUAAGUUUCAACUUGGAUUAAAUACGUUACGGCCGGGUUAACUCGCCGAAUUAAUAAGAAACAAAUAACUCGUGAAAGAAAUGCGAACAGUGCGAGAAAGAGAGAAAGAUGAAGAAAAAAAGUUAACUUCUAAUGAAGAUACCAGUUCGU